AUGGCUGCUCCACCGGUUCAUCAUGAACGAGCAUUUGGUGUCACAAACAUCAAAAACCAUAUUCCGCUAAUCCUUGAUCUAGACGAUCACAAUUAUGAUGCGUGGCGUGAGCUCUUCCACACGCACUGUCUUGCCUUUGAUGUCUCUGGACACAUUGAUGGCACAGCUCUUCCUACUGGUGACGAUGAUGCGGCCUGGUUCAAGCGUGAUGGCUUGGUUAAACUCUGGGUCUAUGGAACACUGCAACCAAAACUCUUUCGCAGUUCAUUCAAAACAGGCGGUACGGCAAGAGAUAUCUGGAUUCGUGUUGAGAACCAGUUUCGCAACAACAAAGAAGCAAGGGCGAUUCAAUUUGACAACGAGUUGAGGACCACGGAGAUUGGCGACAUGACCAUUCAAGCUUACUGCCAGAAGCUGAGAUCUCUGUCUGAUCUUCUCACAAACGUUGAUGCUCCGGUGACAGACAUAACUCUUGUUAUGUAUCUUCUCAAUGGCCUCAAUGACAAGUUUGAUAACAUCAUCAAUGUGAUCAGACACCGUGAACCCUUUCCAUCUUUUGAGUCUGCGAAAAAUAUGUUGGAGAUGGAAGAGAAGCGUGUCAACAAAAUUUGGAAACCUACUGCUUCAUCAUCUUCUACGUCAUCUACUCUCACUGCUCUCACCGUCGCUGAUGAGAAGCCAGUUUCUACUCCAACAAAAGGAAGGCGCAACAACAACAAAGGAAGAGGUCGCGGCAACAACAACCGCUUCAACAAUCAGAACAAUUGGUCACCUUAUGCCUACUGGCCAGUUCAGUACUCUCAAUGGCCCCAACAAUAUCCGUUUUGGGGACCUCCUCCUCAGCAGAAUCAGGUUCAGCGUGGCUUGCUUGGUCCUCGUCCUUCAACAUCACAGCAAGGCAAUUUCACAAUGGCUAAUCCUCAGCUCACUACUGAUUUUGCUCAUGCCUUCAACACCAUGACCUUGGCUGAUCCUUCCUCAGGCGAUUGGUACAUGGACUCUGGUGCAAUAAGCCAUAUUGAUGCCAAUGAAGGCAUUCUCAAGUCUAGUCUUCAUAACAGGAUCAAUCAAUGUGUUAUUGUUGGUAAUGGUUCUAGGAUUCCAGUAGUCUCCACUGGUAACACAAAUCUUACUUCUCCAACUCGUUCCUUGUCUCUCAAUAAAGUUCUCAUUACACCUCAAAUUGUUAAAAACUUGAUCUCUGUGAGAAAGUUCACACAAGACAAUUUCUGUUCUGUUGAGUUUGAUCCGUUUGGUUUUUCUGUGAAGGAUCUUCUUACUCGGACAGUUCUUCUGUGCAGUAACAGCUCUGGAGAUCUCUACUCCAUUCCGGCUGAUCUUACUUCAUCAUCAACGUCUCCACUAUUCAAGCUUUUCAAUGUGAUAAUGGGGAAUGGCAAGUCUGAACGCAUGAUCAGAACUAUCAACAAUUCAAUCUGUUUCCUCCUCUUUCAAGCUCAUCUUUCUUCGGCAUACUGGGUUGAAGCUCUCAAUGCGUCUGUUCACAUAUUGAACAUCUUGCCUUCGGUUUCCAUAAAGAACCAAAUCCCUUUUAUUGUUCUUUUCCAUAAGCAACCAAGGUAUGAUCAUCUUAAAGUGUUUGGGAGUCUCUGUUUUCCUAAUCUCAAUCACUCGAAUCUCAACAAACUUGCUCCUCGAUCAACACCUUGCUUGUUUCUUGGAUAUCCUUCUCAGCACAGUGCCUAUCGAUGUCUUGAUCUCAAGACAAAUAAGCUUAUUCUUUCUCGUCAUGUUGUCUUUGAUGAGUCAGUUUUUCCUGCUUCUCAGAGAACAACAACUUCAUCAGACUAUCACUUCCUUGAAGCUGAUGAGGAACCUUCACCUUUGUUUAAAGCUAUUCUUCAAUCAGGUCCCCAACCGGCUCCUGUUAUUCCUUCUCAGCCGGCUACAUCAAACACUCAAAACAUGAUCUCUGCUCCUUCUGUGUCGCAACCUCAUGCAGUCCCAGCCCCUACUUAUUCUAUGCGGACUCGAGUUAAAGACGGCAUUACUAAGCCAAAGAAACAGUUCUCUUUACAUUCCUCUGUUUCACCUCUGCCUACUUGCCAUAAAACAGCUUUACUGGAUCCUAACUGGAAACCAGCAAUGGACGAUGCUUUUGAUUCUUUUAUUGAAACUAAUACUUGGGAUCUGGUUCCCAGACCAAGAGACACUAACAUUGUUUGUUGUAUGUGGCUAUAUAAGCACAAGUUAGAUUCAGAUGGACAGCCGUUUAAGCACAAACCUCGCUUGGUUGCCAAUGGCAAGUCUCAAGAAGAAGGCGUCGGCUACAACGAAACUUUCAGUCCUGUUGUCAAACCAGUAACUACCCGAACAGUCCUUGAUGUCAGUCUUGCUAACGACUGGCCAAUACAUCAAUUAGACGUGAAAAAUGCUUUUCUCCAUGGCUUGCUUGAUGAGACAAUAUACAUGCACCAGCCACCAGGAUAUCAAAACAAAGAACAUCCAGACUAUGUGUCUCGGCUCAACAAAGCAAUUUACGGUUUGAAACAAGCUCCGCGUGCCUGGAACUCUCGCUUUGCUUCUUUUGUCAUCAACAUGGGCUUCAAAUGUAGUAAGAGUGAUGCCUCGCUAUACAUCUUCAACAAAGGAUCUCGUCGCGCUUACCUUUUACUCUAUGUUGAUGAUAUCAUCUUGACUGCCUCAGAUGAUAAGUUUCUCCAUCAGAUCAUCAACAAGCUAAAGACAUAG